AUGUCUGGAAGAAGCCAGAACGGAAGCGUCAAUGUCUCCUACACAGAAUUCCUCCUCCUCGCCUUUCCUGGCCUCCAGAAAUCCAGAUACCUGCUGGCCAUCCCCUUCUUCUGCCUUUACAUUUUGAUUGUCGUCGGAAACUCCAUGCUGAUUUACACCAUUAGGGUAGAGAGCAGCCUCCACUCCCCUAUGUACACGCUGAUCGCUUUGCUUUUUGGAGUCAACAUCUGUGGCACCACAGUUGUCCUUCCCAUGAUGCUUCUCAGCUUCGUUUUUGGAGCCCUCCGCAUUUCCCUGACGGCCUGCCUGGUCCAGAUGUUCUUCCUCUACUUUGUUCUCAUGGUGGACUACAACAUUCUCCUCAUGAUGGCUCUAGAUAGAUAUGUGGCCAUUUGCCACCCACUCCGCUACAUGGACAUCAUGACAAGGAAACUCAUAGUGAUACUGACUCUGGUUGCUCUAGCCCGGAGCAUGUCUGUCGUGAGCCCAGUGGUCAUCCUGGCUUCUCAGGUGACAUUCUGCCGGUCCAACAUCAUCAGGCAUUUUGUGUGUGAACAUAUGGCCCUCAUGAGGUUGUCCUGCAGUGACAUCUCCAGGAACAGCAUUGUCGGCUUGCUGGCAAGGACCAUCACCAUCAUCUUUGACGUCAGCUUCUUCCUGACUUCGUACAGCCGUAUCAUUCAUGCGGCUCUGAGGAUAACCUCUGGCCACCUCCGGAACAAGGCUUUCCACACCUGCGGCUCCCACCUCUUGGUUAUCCUCACGGUCUAUUCCUCCAGUCUGAUCUCCUCCGCUGUGUUUCGCUUAGCCAAGUCCGCCACUCAGGACGUCCACAACCUGAUAAGUGCGGUCUACUUGUUGCUCCCUUUGGCCGUCAACCCCGUCAUUUACGGUCUAAGGACCAAAGAGAUCAGGAACAACUUCUUGAAGCUGUUCAAGAGCUAA